GAUGUUAUCGUACUAUAAACAGUGAUUUCCAUUAUGAUAGUUAUUACGUUUGGUGCUGUUUAGUGUUCCGGAAUAUGUGAAUUUGAAAUACAAAAUGUGGAAAAUAUUUUGGUGCUUUUGGAUUUUACUGGUCAUCACAGAGUUGGUCUCUUCUGCUUCGAAACAGAACUUCGGAAGUUGGAUACACAUGGGCCUCAUAGAAGAAACUCCAGAAGUACUUCCCUGUGGCCAGACUCCUGGUCUGUCUCCUGGGCAGUCAAAGCUGUGCCACCUCUACCAGGACCACAUGCCCGGGGUCGGCCGAGGGGCGAGGGCCGGCAUCGACGAGUGUCAAUACCAGUUCAGUCAUCGUCGGUGGAACUGUUCAAUCGUCCAUGACUCUACAGUUUUCGGACCUGUUGUGAAAAUAGGCAGCAGAGAGGCGGCGUUCACUCACGCCAUUGCCGCUGCCGGAGUUGUCCACAGCAUCUCCCGUGCUUGCAGGGAUGGACAGCUGGGCUCCUGCGGGUGCUCCAGGUCUGGACGUCCGAGGGAUCUACACCGGGAGUGGAUCUGGGGAGGAUGCGGGGACAACCUGGAAUACGGGUACAAGUUCACACAAGGGUUUGUGGACGUGAGGGAAAGAGAGAGGACAUUCAGAAGAGGUUCAAGAGAACAAGGCAGAGCGCUCAUGAACCUUCACAACAACGAGGCAGGCAGAAGGGCAGUGAUAAAAACCUCGAGAGUAACUUGCAAAUGCCACGGAGUCUCUGGAUCGUGCAGUCUUAUCACGUGUUGGCAGCAACUGCCUUCAUUCCGACAAAUUGGAGACUAUUUAAAGGAUAAGUACGACGGAGCCACAGAAGUAAGGGCGACAAGACGAGGCAAGCUGCAGAUCAAAGACCCUCAGUUCAACAUCCCUACAGCCAACGAUCUCGUAUACUUAGAGGAGUCACCAAACUACUGCAUACGCAACCUCACUCUGGGGUCACUUGGUACGCAGGGUAGAGUGUGCAACCGGACGUCUCACGGCAUGGACGGAUGCAGUCUCAUGUGUUGUGGCCGAGGCUAUAACACACAGAAGAUUACCAUCAAGGAGCGCUGUCAUUGCAAGUUCCACUGGUGUUGUUUUGUGGACUGCAAAACUUGUGUGAGGACUGUAGACAUCCAUACGUGCAAGUAGACGGAAAAACGACGCAGGAGGUUCUCCAUUAUACUUCAAAAUUGGAAAAGGUUGAAAUAUUUUGAUAGGCAUAAAAUUUUAGGUGCAAUUAGUUUUGGCUCAUAAAUUCAUGGAGCCAUCAUCAGGGACAAUGAUCAUCACAUGC